AUGGACACAGAUGCGGGCGACUUCGACUACUACGACAUCCUGAAUGUCCCUCGUGACAGCUCAGUCGACGAUAUCAAGGCAAGCUACCAUAGGCUCAUACGCCAAUGGCACCCCGACAAAAAUUUCAUGCCGGUGUCGGACCCAUCGCAGCCCCUUUCCGUGACUGAUCGCACCGCAGACGCUUAUGAAAUCCCACAGGAGUUGCAGAGGGACUCGGCGUUCACCAAGAUCCAGCUGGCCUACUCGGUUUUGUCCGACCCCGCUCGGCGUCGUGUCUACGACAAGUACGGCAGUGAGGGAGUUCAACUGAAGAUGCUGCUGCAAAAACAGCUCGACAGCGAGCGCGUGGAAUCGCGCACAAUCCCCGAGUCGCUCGAGGAUGAGGCCACGCUGCAGAAAUCGUGGGAGCUCCGCCGGGCGGCCGACGAGGUCGAGAUUGAGCGCCGGAUCCACGUGCUCCUUCAGAAGCGCCGUUGGGACAAGUUUCGCGACUUCCCAGUGCAGGUGGUGAGCCACUGCACGUUUGGCGGCGUGACCAACUUCUUCGACGACCAGAUCGCAACGGUGAUGCGGCGGCGCAUGUUCCAGAUCCGGGAGACCUGCAUCACAAAUUCCGUGGAGGUGCUACUGAGCAGACACACGCGAGCCGGGUACACCUAUUACAGCUCGGCCACACGAGGCACUUUCGGCAAGUGCCGGGGCGGCGUCCGUCUGUCCUCGGAGUUGACGGACACCGUCGAGUCCACAGUCAGCGUUGAAUGGGGCGACUACCUGAGCUACCGUUCAACCGCCCUGUCUAUCAAGAAAAUGUUCUCGGAGAACUUCUGGGCGACGUCCAUCUUUGCGCUGGACCGGUACCUCACCCCCGCCAUGCGGUGCGUGGUGCACAAGAGCUGGGGGGAACAUCAUGCCGUCGAGCUCACCGCGCUCCCCGACUACGCCAUGACGUACGGCUACAAUCGCACCUUCGCGGGAGACCUCAAGUCCAACCUGCAGAUAGCCGCCUCUCAGGACGACUUGGGGGCGCUGGUGCGUGUGAAGGCGCGCUCGGGCACCGGAUCCGUGAUCGGCACCAUCUGCAGGUUCUCCGUGCUCGGAGGGUUGUUUGUGGAGGGAUACGUCCGGCACCGCUUCGACACCGAGCUGCUGGCGAGGUUGAAGCUUGAGUGCCGGCUGCGCUACUCCCGGAGCUCGCUGUUCGUCAUAUUCAAGAUAGUGCUGAACAACAAUCGCAUCGACCUGCCCAUCGAGCUGUACAGCGGAAGCGUGGACCACUGCAUCUUCUUGGGAACGGCGGCAUCUUGCCUGCUGAUGUUGUUGCCGGCAGUUGCAGAGGUGGCGAUGAAGCUGGUGUCACCCGCAGAGCCGGAACCGUGCUACGGUUUAGAGGGACCCAGCCUGCGGCGCAGUUUCUACUCCCAGUUCCCCGCCUUCUCGUACUUCGGACUCUGCGGGGUUGACGCCCGCUACCACGAAAGGUACGUGAGCGACAGCAGCCGUCAGGGGCCACUGUUGAGCCGCGCUCUGCAGUGGUCAGAGGAGGGACUAGAGGCCAUAGUGGUUCGCGAGCUGCAUCUAGCACGCCAGGAGGGCGCGGCGUUGCGCAACUCCGCAGUGGCCGCCUACCAGCGCGAGCUGGAGUCUGACGGCCUGUGCGUGCUCUUUGCCGUCUACGGCCACCCUGAAGCCCUGCGCACGCUGGUGGAAUUCGUCACGAUGGACCUGUUCGAAAACCUUGGCGGCAUAACCGACAGCGCAGACUCCCCGGCACCGAGGUCCCAGCCGAUCGGCAGCGCCAGGCGGUUCGUCUUCGGCAGCGUCACGGUGACCUCCAUCCUCAAGCAGAACGACCAGAUGCGCCUCCAACGGCUGUUCGACCGGUACCUGCUGGAGGUCACCAACGUGCUCAUGUCCCGAGUCACGGAUUCGCGGCUGCAGCUUUCCGUCAACACCAAGGGGCAGCUCAUCGGCUUCGCCGACCCCUGCGCCAACCUGCCGAAAGUGGAGCCCAAGCUUUACGUGUGCUACCGCUACAAAAAGCGUGUAUAUGCCGCCACUUUCGGCGAUGGAGAUCCCGUGCGCCUUCCCGAUGGGUGCGAAGCAGCGUAG